UCGGGCGCGAGCAGCAUGGCCGACGACGAGCCCCCCCUGCCGCCCGCGUCCCCGCGCGCCCCAUCGCGCCUCCGCCGCACGCUAAACUCGCUUCGCUCGCCGUUCCGCUCCGGGUCGCCCUUCCACAUCGGCUCGAUCAAGCGCUCCGGCUCCACUAAAUCCUUCGCCUCAGACGGCGAGAUCGCGCGCGACGAACGCACGAUGCGUAAACGGAACAAGAAGCAACGCGACGCGGCCUCCGACGCGUCCCGCAGCACCGACAGCUCGCCGAGCAUCGACAAGAAGAAAAAGGACACCGGCGGCAGUUUUAUACGCAGAAUGGGGAGUAUCGGCAAGCGGCGGACGGAAGUCGGGGAGGGAUCGAGCCCCCCGCCGCAGCCUGAAACCGCAGAGUCGACGAUCGAGGGCCCGCCGACGCCGCCUCCCGAGACAGAUGCACCGCCGCCGGAGACCCAGGACGCCGCGGUGGCCCCGCCAGUCAGCCCGAUCGCAGUCGAGCACCCGGUCGCGACGCGCCCCUUCACGAAAGCCGCGUGGAAGAAGCGCAGCAGCGAGCCGGAAAUGGAAAAGCCGGUGGAGGAGCCGAGCCCCGAGAGCGCGCUGAAGCGGCGGAUCGCGUUCGUCGCUCAGGCGUCGGCGUGCUUCUCGGAGGACCACGACGAUGGUGAAGAGGGGGUAGGAAGAGGGGAGGUGGGGUCGCUGGAGGAGGCGGUGGCGCUGGCCCGCGUGCGGCUCGCAGUGCAGUCGCCGCCCUCGCCGGCGCACUCGCGCGACGACGACACCGAAGAGGAGGGGUACACGGACGCGAUGCCCGCUUACGGAGACCUGAUCGAGCCGGAGAGCAAGGCUGGGCCGGAGCCGGCGCCGUCCAACGCCUCGCCCAGUGCGGAGAGGAGGGAGCACCUAUACAAGAUCCUGGUCAUCGGGGAGCUAGGGACCGGGAAGACAUCCAUCAUCAAGCGAUAUGUACACCAGUUCUUCAGCCAGCACUACCGUGCUACCAUCGGAGUGGACUUCGCACUCAAAGUGCUGAACUGGGACGCGAAUACGAUUAUACGACUGCAACUAUGGGAUAUUGCUGGCCAAGAGCGUUUCGGCAAUAUGACCAGGGUGUACUACAAAGAGGCCGUGGGCGCGUUCAUAGUGUUCGACGUGUCCAGGGUCGCCACCUUCGACGCGGUGGUCAAAUGGAAGAACGACCUCGACACCAAGGUCCAGCUGCCUGACGGGUCGCCUAUACCGUGCAUACUGCUCGCGAAUAAGUGUGACCAACAGAAGGAAGGCCUGGUGAACUCGCCAGCAAAGAUGGAUGAGUACUGCCGGGAGAAAGGUUUCGCCGGCUGGUUCGAGACCUCGGCUAAAGAGAACAUUAAUAUCGAAGAGGCUGCUCGCUCAUUAGUUAAUAAGAUCCUCCUAAACGACAAGCUCCUGCAGAGUAGCGACAGCAAAGACGCGGACCGUUUCGGGCUCGAGCACAAGAUCGCGAACGGGGAGAAUUCGCGCGCGAGCGCGAAUAAGUCGUGCGCGUGCUGACCUUCCCGAAUGUUCGCACGCUUUGCAUUCCAUAUUUGAAUUUGAAAGUGUAAAGGUAAAAAGGAAUAUCCUUUUUGGCACGGUUUAAAAAGAGUUUGACGAUUGAUAUUUUUAGUUCUUUUUACUUGUUUUUUUCUCAUAGGUAAUUUUUAUUUUGCAAUUUAAUUGUCUACAUUCUACUAUUACUCACUAGGAAUGCCUAGCAUGAGAAAAAGAGUUGAAAGGUUUUAAAUAUCUUUUUUGUCGAGAUAGUUUUUUUUUAGAGUUUUUCAUCUUGAUAGACG